AUGUUUCAACAGAACUUUCCCCGGCGAUAUAGCUUUGGCUCCAUCCCAUCCAGCAAGUAUACCGAAAACGAUUUCACCUGCAACCGUCUAAACUGCCACUGCGAAUCCGCCAAUCUCGAAGCCGACGACUCCAUCUCCUCCAGAAGUGUAUCCUCUCGCAGACAUGCAGAAUACUUCUACCGUCCUCCUAUCCUGAGCAUACACCGCGAGCAACUCAUAUCCAACGGAUCACCAUACUCUUACUUUGAGUAUGAUCACAACCCCAAUGCCGAAGCCGAGUAUUGCGAGCAAUGCCAAUUCUGUUCUGUCGGGGCGAAGUGGUGUGGAAGAUAUCCGAGUAAUGAUCAGACAGUCGUCAAAAUGCCCAGGUCGUUUCUGGAUAGUACGCCAUCCGAUUACGAGGGGUUGUAUGGUUUGCCAGAGUUGAAAGUGCAGUUGCCCCAUGCUACUUGGGUGCAGGACCCUUUUGUCGUCAAUGCAGCUCAGGUUGUGAAUGGGGGUGCGGUGCCGAGAGAACAAGAACAACAAUUUCAGCCUGCUGUUUUUUCACACUCCAUCGGCCAGCCAUCAGGGGCAAAGAUGGACCGUAAUCCCUCUAUUGACGAGGUUCUUUACGCGAGCCACCAAAACCCCUCGAUGGAUAGCCUGCAACAGAUGAGGACAAUCAACCAGGUGCCCGCCAAAGAAUCUACCUACCUCAAGUCCUGUCGCGAUGUCAGAACCACUCAGGAAGAACGCUGCGCCAUCGAGGAAGGCUCGCUCGUCAUCUCAAUCCCGCCAAGUUUCACCAACCUGUCGCAACAACUAAUCGCACCAGACGAGUUUGAGCUGCGCCUUGGAGAGGCAUUUGUCGUCUGUCGCAUGUAUGCUGAUAUGUGGGCUCUAUGUGCUCGUAUCAGAAACUCAGAGUGCAUUGCCGAACUGGAUCAGGACGAAUUGCAGAAUUCUCCCAAUCUCAAAUUCAUACCCCUCUGCGCGGUUACCUUGGCUUCCAAUUAUGCUGCGUUUACGAGACGUUGUACCAUCUAUCGACAGCAGCAUCCUCAUUCGGCUCUGUUUCCUACUGGUGGACAUUUGAUUACGCCCCCUGAUCGUGUUGAGUCGUUGGAAGCGAGCCGCAGGUAUUUUUCGAGAUGUGAUCGCAGCCUGAUUCCUUUGCCUCCAAUGGUACAGCAUCUUUGCAAGGCGCCCGUUAAGCUGUCACCUGGGUUUGAUUACGUACCCAUGACAGAAGAGUCAGAAGCGCAAGAGAAUAUCCAAGAUGAGGCACCUGCUCCAACGCAUCAGGGCACCUUAAGUCGAUUCUGGAAGAAAUGGUCAUCCAAAGACACGUCCUCGCCCGCAGAACAACGCCAGACUGAAGCACAGGUGCAUACGGGUCUUACUCCAGAUGGAAAGUCGUCUUAUCCUCGUCAUACCAAACAAGAGAUAUCUGACGGAGAAGAUGGACAGGAAGUACAGGACACUGAACAUGGAAACGGAAACAAGAUUGGUAAACGCAAGAGUGUCCGCAACUUUUUCUCUCGAUCUGUGCGAGUCAAGAAUGGGGAUGUCGUUCAGGUCUGAUCUUUCAAGAACCUAUCAGACGUUCCUCAACUCUUACUCUGGCCUGUAUGUGACCACGAGGAUAUUGUUUUUACUCUUGGCUGGUUCUAUUUUUGAUUGCAUUCGGGGUUGCUGUAGCCCCUUUAGUCCUAUACCAUGAUAAAUUCAAGCUUGGACCUUGCCUGAAGUCUACUUGGUUAGUUAUGUCAUUGGAAGUUAGAUUCUAUCCAUAGUCAAUAACAUUACUUCCAUUACCUCC